AUGAAGUUUAUGAAGUUGGGGUCCAAGCCUGAUGCGUUUCAAGCUGAUGGGAAGUCUAUCAGAUAUGUGUCAUCUGAAUUGGCAACAGAUGUCAUUAUAAAUGUCGGGGAAGUGAAGUUUUAUCUUCACAAGUUCCCUCUCUUGUCCAAGAGCAAUCGCCUGCAAAAACUAGUAUCUAAGGCCAAUGAAGAGAAUUCUGAAGAAGUUUACAUGGUUGAUUUUCCUGGUGGGCCAAAAUCUUUUGAAAUUUGUGCAAAAUUUUGCUAUGGAAUGACUGUUACUCUCAAUGCUUACAAUGUUGUGGCUGCUCGUUGCGCUGCUGAGUAUCUGGAGAUGACUGAGGAUGUUGAUCGCAGUAACCUAGUAUUCAAAAUUGAGGUUUUCCUUAACUCGAGUAUCUUCCGUAGCUGGAAAGAUUCCAUUAUUGUUCUCCAAACCACCAAACCUCUUCUGUCAUGGGCUGAGGAUCUGAAGAUUGUUGGAAGAUGCAUAGAUUCAGUUGCUUCUAAAACAUCUGUAGACCCUGCCAACAUCAGCUGGUCCUACACAUAUAACCGAAAAUUAGCAGAGACUGAUAAAAUUGUGGAAGAAGGGAUGAAUUAUCGAGUUCCCAGGGAUUGGUGGGUUGAAGAUAUAUGUGAGCUGGAUAUUGAUCUCUACAAGCGAGUUAUGAUUGCUGUGAAAUCAAAGGGAAGAAUGGAUGGUGCUGUUAUUGGGGAGGCCCUGAAAACUUACGCAGUUAGAUGGUUGCCAGAUUCUGUUGAUGCACUGGUUUCUGAUGAGCAUGCCUUGAGGAACAAAUCUCUGGUAGAAACAAUUAUUUGCUUAUUGCCUUCUGACAAAGGUAUGGGUUGUUCAUGCAGUUUCUUGCUGAAACUUUUGAAAGUUUCUAUUUUGGUUGGAGCUGACUACUCAUUGAGGGAGGAUUUGGUGACGAGGAUCAGUUUGAAGUUGCACGAAGCUCGUAUUGUUGAUUUAUUGAUCCCAGCUCGAUCUCCUCAAAUUACUAUAUAUGAUGUUGAAUUGGUUCAGUCUGUUGUGAAUCAGUUUCUGAUGCAUGAAAAAUGUAACUGGAAUUUGGAUGUGGUUGAGAAAAAUGAAAAGGGGAGUGGUAAGUUUAUCUUAGGGCAUGGAUCAUUGUUGAGUGUUGGUAGACUGAUUGAUGGGUAUCUUGCGGAAAUUGCACAUGACCCAAAUCUUAACCUCUGUAGUUUCAUAGACUUAUCACAAUCGAUUCCUGAGUCGGCAAGGCCAAUUCAUGAUGGAUUGUACAAAGCCAUUGACAUCUACCUGAAGGAGCACCCUAGUUUGACAAAGGCUGAAAGGAAAAGAAUAUGUGGAUUAAUGAAUGUCAAGAAACUGACAAUGGAAGCAUCGAUGGAUGCUGCACAGAAUGAGCUGCUUCCACUCCGAGUUGUUGUUCAAGUUCUCUUUUUUGAGCAGGUAAGAUCUGCAGCUGGCCUUCGAGCUGCUAACAACCAUCCCAAUGAUGCUUCGCUUUCCAGGACAAAUUUGGAUGAAAAAUGCGACAAGACGGCGUUUGCAGAAGAAGAGAACUGCAAACCUCUGGGGAAGCAUAUGAGCGAAAUUAAGGUAACUGAAGAGUUCCAGAAGAAUGGGAAAUUGGGCAAGAAGAACAGCAAAAACAGUAGAAGUGGUGUGCAAUUGUUGCCAUCUAGGUCAAGGAGAAUCUUUGAUAAAUUAUGGUCUGUGGGUAAGGGGCAGCAUGUAGAGAACAGGAGCUCUGAGACAUCUGGGAGUUCUCAGAGUCCAACUUCAAUUGUUCCUGGUGAUGCAAAGUCUGUUUCAUCUUCAAGACACAGGAGGCAUUCUAUCUCCUAG